AUGCCUCCUCUUAUUCUAUCUUUACCAUUACUAUUACCCUCAAAAGAAACAAACCCUUUAGUCUUUGAUGCUUCCAUUCUUCAAAAUGAAACUGAUAUUCCUGCACAAUUUGUGUGGCCGGACCAUGAAAAGCCCCACCUUGAACCACCAUCAUCGCCGCUUCAUGUUCCUCCAAUUGACAUAAAAGCCUUUGUUUCCGGCGAACCACUUGCAACAUCCAAUGCAAGUCGUCUGGUCCAUUCCGCGUGCCAAGAACAUGGGUUUUUUCAAGUUUAUAAUCAUGGUGUUGAUUCUAAUUUAAUAAAUGAUGCCCACAAGAUUAUGAAUUUGUUCUUUGGGAUGCCACUUUUGGAGAAGCAAAAAGCUGAAAGAAAGUUUGGUGAAUAUUGUGGAUAUGCUAGUAGUUUCACUAAUAGGUUCUCCUCUAAACUUCCAUGGAAAGAAACACUUUCUUUUAGGUAUUCCGCAGAUCCAAAGUGCUUGAACAUAGUACAUGAUUACUUCUUGAAUGUAAUGGGAGAAGAUUUUAGUGAAUUCGGGAGGGUUUGUCAAGAAUAUUCUGAAGCUAUGAGCAAACUAGCUCUCGAUAUCAUGGAGCUACUAGGGAUGAGCCUUGGAAUAGACCCAUCCUAUUUUAGGGAUUUCUAUGAAGAGAAUGAUUCGAUCAUGAGAUUAAACUACUACCCUCCUUGCCUAAAGCCCGAUCAAACUCUUGGAACCGGUCCUCAUUGUGAUCCGACAUCCCUAACCAUUCUUCAUCAAGACAACGUUGGCGGGCUUGAAGUGUUUGUCAACGAAAAAUGGCACUCCAUUGCUCCUUGCUCUGAUGCAUUUGUUGUCAACAUCGGAGAUACAUUCAUGGCACUAUCAAACGGAUUAUACAAGAGUUGCUUACAUAGAGCGGUGGUUAAUAGCAAUACUCCUAGGAAAUCUCUCGCAUUCUUUCUCUCGCCUAAAAUGGACAAGGUUGUGAGACCGCCUAAAGCCUUGGUUAAAUACAAUAAUCAGAGGAUGUAUCCGGAUUUUACAUGGUCUACUUUCCUUGAGUUCACGCAGAAACAUUAUAGAGCAGACAUGAAAACCCUAGAUGCCUUCUCAAGUUGGCUUCAAAUGGAAAGAAAAUAA